UCAUGAGGCAAACAGUUGCAGCCGAAGCCAAAGUCAGAACCUUCUCAGUUUGCGUUGUCUUCUCCUUCAGAUCAUUUAGAAGUCUAUCCUCUUGAUAAGAAAGAGAUUUUGUAUGUGCAGCCAUGUCUAACAGUGUAGACCUUAGUGAUCUUGACGUGGAAGAAAUCAAUGAAGAUGAAAUUCUUGCAAUGCUCUCACCAGAGGAGCUUAAGGAGCUCCAGAGUGAGAUGGACGUCCUUAUCGCACCAGAUGAGAGCGUUCCUGUGGGGCAGAGACAAAAGGACCAGACGGAAAAGACUCCGACAGGGACAUUUGACCACAGAUCUCUGGUUGAUUAUCUUUACUGGGAGAAGGAGUCCAAACGUAUGCUUGAGGAGGAACGGGUGCCUGCUACACUGCUGCCCAGUGAGAAAACUUUACAAGCUGAAGCUGAAAAAAAGGAAAUUAAAGAAAACGAAGAUGUGAAGUAUGUCUACGAAGUCAUAGAGGAAAUCAUAGAAGACGAUGCUGUGGAUUGUCCAGAGGGAAUGGAAAUUAUAGAGGAAAUUAUUGAGGAAAUUAUUGAGGAAGACGAUGAGAACAACGAGGAAGCCAAAGUGAUUGUAUCAAAUGAGAAACUGGUGAAUCUACAAGAGAAAGUAAAUCUUGAAAAAGCAGAGACGCAGCAGCUGCAGGAGACAAGACCGGUGAUGCAUGAAAGUCCUGUUGAUAUCACAGAAAGUGGUGUUGCAGGAAAAAGUACACUGGAAAUUCAGUCUUUACCAGACUUAGAGGGGAGUGAAGACAAAGAAACAAGUUGUACUUUAGACCAUUUGAAUCCCAAGAAGCCCCAGCAGGAGCCAGAAAUAAAGGAGGCUUGUGAUAAACUUCCAGAAAGAGAACCAAUAAAAGUAAACAAAUUAAAAAUUCCAAAGCUGGCACUGAAUAACAUCAAAAUGACAUCCAGACCUUCAGGAAAUGAAACCAACUUGGAAUCAACUCUUGACAAGAUCCGCAACAACAACCCGUCUGUCACCGAGGUAAACCUCAACAACAUUGAAAACAUUCCCAAAGAGAUGCUCCUGGACUACGUCAAUGCUUUGAAGAGAAACAAAUUUGUGAAAACCUUUAGUAUUGCCAACACGGGAGUUGACGAAAACCUUGCUUUCAGCCUGGCUAACAUGUUGAGGGAGAAUCGCAGCAUCACGACGUUGAACAUCGAGUCCAAUUUUAUUACUGGGAAGGGGAUUGUGGCCAUCAUCCGCUGCCUCCAGUUCAAUGAGACUCUCACAGAGCUUCGCUUUCACAACCAGAGGCACAUGCUGGGCCACCAUGCAGAGAUGGAGAUCUCUCGCCUGCUAAAAGCAAACAGCACCCUUCUGAAGAUGGGCUAUCACUUUGAACAGGCAGGGCCUCGCAUGGUGGUGACCAACAUCUUAACCAGGAAUCUUGAUCGCCACAGGCAGCUGAGGAAAGAGGAGCAGAGACAGCAGCAGCUAAAAGAGCAGAAACAAGUGAUGCAGAUGUAUGAAAACAGCCUCAAUCUCCCUCCUGGGUUACUAGAGAUGCUUGGAUAUGUGCCCCCGCUGGAACUCCUACAGGAACAUGGAUUGGUCCCACCUUCAUCAGACCUUAACUGUUUUCCACAAAUGCAACAUCAGGCAGAGAAGGCAGAGACACAGAAGAAACCUAAGCACAAUAGCAUUCCCAAACAGCCCAGUACUGAACCAUCAAACCCAUUAAGAGAUGUCCAGUUAAAGAGAACCCCGAAAAAACGUGAUCCAUUUCUGGAGCUGGACCCAAAGAAUGACAGAGGACCGGAGCGGCCAAGUUUCCAACUGAGAAAAACACCUAAAGUGAGGGACACGGCAUCUGAAGGAAUGUUGGACGAAAAAGCCAAUCUUAGCAAUAUGAUAAAGACUUUGAAGCCUGUCCCUCGCAGACGGGUUCCUCCAAAGGUUGAUCUCACACCUCGUGAUCAACUUCUUGAUGAGAUCAAAAAGAGCAACGUGGCAUAUCUCAAAGCUGUGCCACUCCCUAAAGAGCUGGAAUCAAGUGAAACAAGUUUCUUCUGAAACUCGGCUUGACCUGUUUUUUUUCUCACAUAGGUGUUAGGCGUUUGGUAUCAGUCACACUAAAUGUAUAAAAAAACUCUGAUCAACUUUUGAAAUCAUGACAAAUGAAGAGACAGGUUGGUUGCUGUUCCACUAAAGUUCUUAUUAUAAAAAGGCAAAGGUGGAUAAAAUCUUUACAGAGUAUUCAAAUUAAGGUACAAACCUUAUUUUAGCGUCUUUUAAAAACAGACUAUUGACUAAUAUGUUUACUGAAAAGAUCAUUUUAUAAUGGCUAAGACAUAUGGAACAGAUUUUGUAAUUUUGUUGUCUAAAAAGUUAUUUUUUCAUUGUAGGUUACUAAGUUUUGUGAAGCCAUUGACCAUACACACUUUUUUUAAUAUUCUAAAUACAAUGUGUCAGUUUAAGCAUUAGCUUGAAAUACUAAUGUGCUCUGGAUGGAUUUUUUCUAAAUAUUUGCUUAGCCCUAGUAUUUUUGGUGACACAAGUGAAAAAUACAACACAUUAAUUCUAAGUAAAUCUACUGAAUUUAUUUACUAUUUUUGUUUGUCUCGUGGUCCUGUGAGAGAUUUUAGGACUUGCCCUGUUUGUUUGUUGCCAUUCACCUGAUGGUACCUGCCUUCUACAACUAAACAGGAAAUACACUACUCACAAAACAUUAGGGCUAUUGUGAAAAAACUCAGUGGAUGUUGCACACAGAGUAUUUGUCGACUGAUUUUUUUUAGGACAGGGAGGCAAUUUUAUUGGGGUGACAUUCACACCUCCUGUUGUGUUUUCCACAUAAUGAUCUCACUGUUAUAGUGUGUCUUAAUUAUUGGCGCCACAACCAAGAAAUUCUAAAAGAAAAAUGUUUUCAUUUUGUUUCAACGUUGAUUUUGCCAGUAAGUCAUUCCAAGUUCAUCUUUCAUCUUUCAGACAGCCAUGAACACACAAUGUCUCUUCAUGGGUGGGCAACGCCACCUAGCCAGAGUACACCUCCGGGUUGGUAGGUGGAAGUAAGAUGUCGCACAUAAACUUGGUGUGUCUCAAAGUAUUAUCAGCAGAGUUGCAUGAAGACACAGAUCUACUGGCAACACUUAAGGACCUGUGCCCUCAAACAUGGUUUUGCAAAUGCCACACAGCUGCAGGCUCAUUUAUCAGACGUGAGGGGUACUAGGGUUUCCAGACAAACCAUUCACAGUCAACUCCACUGCUUUGACCUGAAUGCCAGACAACCGUUGCAGGUGACACCACUAACACCAAGACAAUACCGUGAACGUUUGCUGUGGGCCCAAGACUGUGUGACCUGAACAAUGCAGCAUGGUCUACCCUACCGUUCUGUUCAAUAUUGAGUGUCGGAUCACCUUGCACAGAAGUGAUUGCUAAAUGAUUUUGUUGCUAAAAAAGGCAAGGUCAGCAAUACACCGAGGUCAACAUGGUCUCUAGGAUUCAUUUUGGUGGAGGACAGGCCUCACCAGUCAGCGCAGUGCUUUUUGUAGAUGGCCAAGUCACUGCAUCUUCUUACCUCAGAGACAUCAUAUAACCCAUCAUUAGCCUCCAGGUCCACCAGCAAACGGUCAACUUUCUGUUCAUGGAAAGUUGACGGUUUCCAUGAAACUGUCAAUGCUCCACCACAUCGUGCCAGGAGUGUCACAGGUCAACUUCAUGAAUUUGGAGUGUCUCACAUGGUCUGCAUCUGUAGAAGAGACUGGAUGAUCGUACCUCACAAGUGUCCUGGCAGAGCUGCAUGUUGCACGUGAUGAAAAGUGGAAGACAUUGCCUCAGAACAACAUCAUGAGUCCAGUGAGGAGCGUGAGACGACACUUCAAUGCAGCAAAUGGUGGAAAUACUCGCUGUUGCCAUGGUAAACUUUUUUUUUGAGGGCUAUUGUUAUUAUUGUCUUGCUUAACGGGGUAAUAAAUGUCAAACUGAUGAAAA